AUGACAGACUCCCGUCCUCAAGGGCUCAAAGCCCACUGGAAAUGCAUUGCGGCGUGCACAUUGGUCAGCAUGUGUCCUUUUCAGUAUGGGGUAGACUUUGGGAUUAUUGGUGGUCUACAGGCAAUGCCAGGAUUCUUAGCAGUAUUUGGUCACGCCGACCCGAAGUCGCCGAUCGGGUACAACAUCUCCCACGUUCGCCAGCAGUUGAUCUCAUCGCUCAUGAUUCUGGGUGCCUUUGCAAGCUCAGCCUGUGGAGGGCCGAUUGCAAAAUUCAUGGGCCGGAAGGCAUCCAUUUGGCUUGCGAGCGUGUGCUGUGUCGUUUCCAAUGUCAUCAUGAUGGCCACCACUGGCAUCGGAGCACUAUACUUCGCUCGCUUACUGAACGGUAUCGCAAAUGGACUUUUCUUGACCUUCGCUCAGCUAUAUCUCAAUGAAUGUGCUCCGGCAAGGUAUCGUGGCCUUGUCAUCGGCCUAUUCCAGUCUUGGACAUCAAUUGGCACUUUGGUCGGAACGGUCAUCGACAACUUCACUGUGAAGAUUGGAGGUCGAAACUCUUAUAUCGUGUCUCUCGGAAUCAUCUACAUCGUACCAGUUCUCAUGUCGAUUGGCCUAUUCUUCAUACCCGAGUCACCACGUUGGUAUUUGGCACGAAACGAGACCGAGAAGGCUCGGAAAGCCCUCCACUGGCUCCGUCCAUAUGCUGAUCUCGUCGAGAAGGAAAUCGACGAUAUUGCUGCUGCCAUUGAAGCAGAGAGAGCCCUCGCGAAGAGUGCUGAUAUGAUGGACAUGUUCCGAAGCCCUGUCGAUCGCAGACGUACACUUCUGGCUGUGGGUGCCAUCAGUUUACAAGCCGCUUCCGGCGCCAUGUACAUGAUCUCCUAUGGCACUUACUUCUUCGAGAUGGCUCACGUCGGCUCCGCUUUUGAAAAUUCUUGCAUUCUUGUCGCGGUCGGUGUGGUGGCCAUCUUGAUCAAUAGCGCUAUCAUCACCCGCUGGGGACGAAGGAGAGUCUUCCUAACCGUCGGCAUGACAAUUUGCGGUAUCACACAGCUCAUCGUGGCUUGUGUCUAUCAACAAAAAGGUCCAAGCACCUCUACAGGCAAGGUCAUCGUGGGAGUCUCAGUGGUCUACAUCAUCGGCUACAACGGCAUGGUUGCAACCUACGCCUGGCUCUGCGGCGCCGAAUUCCCAUCUCAGAGACUGCGAAGCUACACCUUUGGUCUUGCUACAUCUAUCGGCUUCCUCGGUGCCUGGCUCGCAACAUUCACGGCCCCUUAUUUCAUCAACCCGGACUCGCUAAACUGGGGUCCAAAAUACGGCUACAUCUGGUUCCCAUCCUGCCUGAUCGGCGCCGUUUGGACAUUCUUCUUCCUACCCGAGGUGCAGAACCGCACAUUCGAGGAGAUCGAUGAAAUGUUCGAAGCACGCCUCCCAGCCCGCAAAUUCCGCCAGUAUCGAUGCAUCGGCUCCGUGGCGGCUGUGGCUGCAGCGGCCGAGGAGGACAAGGUCGCCCUCGAGAAGGAAAUUCAGCUGGGCAGGGCUAGCCACGAGGAGACUUUACGCAGGAAUGAGAAGGGUGCGGCCGAGACUGCUGUGGCACAUAUAUGA